AUGAUACCCAACGAUGCAGAAGGUGCAAUGGAUUCCCUUCUUAAGGAAAUUGACCAUGAAAUGGAAGUAACAAUUGGCACCAUCGAUGCCCAAGAAGACCAUUCGAAACAAAAAGAAGAAACUGAAGCGACAAAUCAACAAACUUGGAAACUACCAUUACAAGAUAUUGGCGAUGAGACAAUGGAUAUGUUAGUUAAACAUAAUACAAAAAAUAACGUCAUAAAUCCGAAUUUCAACAAGAAAGAUGUGGACACUAAUGAAUCUCCCAAAAAUAACAACGAUAAAAAUGUUGUUUUCAAUGAUAAUGUACAAUUGCUUGAACUUUCAGCUAAUAUGGAUGAAAGUGUUUUAAUGAGUACACCAACAAAAUCUGACAUUGAUAUAUCUCCAAACAAAGUAUUAAUUAAUUUAGGUGAUGACAUAGCAAAUGAAUCUAAUGAAGAUAAUAAAUUACCAUUAGAUAAUAAAACUGAAAGUGAAGAUUCUGAUUUAGUUUCGACAAUGCUACUAUCCAAAAUACCCAUUACUCAUACUGAAAACAUUAAUGACUUUUAUGAAAAAAAAUCUACUGAUAUCAGAGCUUCCACAAGCAGAAUUUCUUCUGUAUCCUCAGAUAUAGAAGGAACUCCUUUACCCACUACAGUUCAAACUGAUCAAUUUGAAUUGUUGAAACAAGCUAUGAAACAAACUUUCGAAGAAGACAACAAUUCUAAUAUCGAUAUUUCUCCAUUGAAAGAAUCCCUAUUAUCUUCUGAAUUAAAAACCAAACAAAAUUUAUCAAUUGAGCAAAAUGAAGAAACUUCUGUUGAUUCAAUUGAUAACUCAGUCAUACACAAUUCUGAAUACGAGGUCCACGCCAGAAGUAAUGAAAGAGAAGAAGAAAACGAAAACGACUUCGAAAAUUCAAUCGAAGAUUUAGAAAUUUCAACUCAUGUCAUUGAGAAAUCUCCUUCAAUUGAAGCUAUUUCAACUUUGGACCCUAAUACAGACAAUAAUAAAGAACAUUUUAUAAUUAAUAAUAUUACUAAGGAUAGUACAUUUAUAGAGGUUACAUCUGAUUCUAAAAUCCAAAUUGAUUUAAAAGACUCUCCAGAAAAUACUUUACAUACCAAUGAAGACCAAAAAGAAGCUAAUACAGAAAAUGUAGCGUCUGAAACUAAUAUUAAAGAAACAGAUCAAGUUAUUCAUAUACCCACACUAACUGAAGAAGAGAUUUCUACUAUAACUAACAUUACAAAUGAUACAGAAACUACCGAAGAAGGUUCCAAAGCUGAGGAAGAUGCAAAGAAUUCAGAUGUAAGCAAUUCUCAGAACUCUGAAUCCAUUAAUACAACAAUCACAAAUUCUCUCAUCGGUAUUGAUCAAAACUUGACUAAUAAAUCUUCUGACAUUACCAAUGAUUACGAGGAACCACCAAAGGAAAAUGAACUCAAGAGCAGUCCGGAUGUUAUUGAAAAAGGUCAUAGUUCUAUAGAACACUUUGAUGAUGAAAAAAUUACAAACAGUAGCGCUUUAGGUACAUCAAAUUAUAUAUCUAUUCCUUUGGACACAUUGCAAGAAGCUACUCCUGUUACUGAUUCUGGUAAAACAUUUGAAUUACAAAACCAAGAUUCUGAUAACAUCAACUCGGAACGUAUUCAAAAUCUAAAUGGCAGUACACCGGUUGAGGAAAAAUUCAAUGCUGAUGAUGAAUUGUUGAAAACAAACCAAUCUCACAUCACUCAAAAUAAAGAUAAAUCCAAUAUUAAUGAAAUUGAUAAUAGUGGUACUACAUCCAUUGUGAGUGACCAUGUUGUUGCUCCUAUUCUACCACCAUUACCUAAAAUUGACAAAAUAUUUAUCGAUGAUCCAUUUGGAGAGGAAUAUGAUAUCUCAAAUGACUCAAUUGAUUUAACAAAGUCAACAAGACCCGGUGAUUAUCUAUCUAUAUGGCAUAUUCAAGAAGAAGAACUGAAACAAGUUUCCCCAGCAUCAACAACAAAUUCACAAUUUUCCAAUCGCAUCCUGUCUAAUGCAAGUUCCAAUGCAUCUGCCGAAUCAAGGAUCUCUUCAACUGCAUUCAAGUUCAAACCAAGAAUUGUUAGCAGAAGUAGAUAUAUUAACCCAGAGAGCAGAGUUAACAGUUUUAACAUUUCCGAAGAAAUGAUAUUACCUCAAUUAUAUGGUGCUUUAGAUCCAAUGAGAAGGAGUUCUAGGAUGUCAAGAACAAUACAAAAUUCAAUCAAAGCCAAUAGACAGAAGAGUGAACAAUAUGCUGGUACUAGAAAGUAUUCUAUAGAAAUACAACCUAACCAGGAAAGUAGAAUUUCCAGCAGAAUUAUUAGCAAUAAGUUGGAAGAAGUUAGUUCCGAAAAUGACAAGGUGGAGACCAUGAAUAAUUCAAUUACAAUGGAUGGAAGUUUCCAAUUAUUACCUUCAUUUCUUGAUAAUUCGUUUGGCGAGCAGCUAGAUUUGACCUUUUCUAAAUUUGCAAAGGAUGUAUUAUCACUUCGUAGUUCAUCUUUGGCCCAAUCUGAGAUACAUGACAAUAGUAUAAACAUCUGGGGUGAAGAUAAUUUUAUUGGAAAUACAUCUAAAAACAAUGAUCACAAUGCAAUGUUGGAUUCCAAAAAUAAAUUAUUGGAAGUCACAGAUGAUGAGAAAAGCAUCUCUGAGUCUAUCAAUAAAGAUAUCUUUGCUGACGGUAUUUUGAAAAGUUCUAUUUUCAAUGAUAUUACUGUUAGCCGUGGAUUAAAUAUCAAUGGACUUGAUGUUGAUUUAAGUGAUUCUGAGAGUGUUAGAGUUAGUCUCUUAACAGCGGAAACUGAUGCAAGUGAAUCUGGUACUCCAAUUAAGAAUACUGUGAAAGAUUCUCAUGUUAGUAGUCCAUUUAAGGUUGUUAAUAUAAGUAAAUGGAAAAACCAAGAUGGCCCUGAAAGCGAUCAUGAAGUCGAAGAAAUUGCAGAAAUUCAAAUUGAAGCUGAGAAAUCUUCGGAAUCAAUAGCCGACAUUUCACCAAUUAAGAUGAAACCAUUUGUUGAUACAGUUGUGAUAGAAGAACCUUCUCAAACCGCUUUAGUCGAUGCUGGUAGUUUAUAUUUAAAACUAAAAGGUUGUCUAAAUAUUAAAUUAACUGGAAUAAAACAUCACGACGCCAGAUAUUGUUUUGAGUUCGAUAACGGUAGAAAUAGUAUUCAAACAGCAUGGGCUGUUAUUCCGUCUGAUGGUGACAUUAGGGUCAACCAUGAUUUUGAAAGUACUGUUUUCGAGGUUGGAUCCAAACUUUACGUCACAUUAAAGUGUAAAUAUACUCCACCAAAGACAGAAAUUGUUGAGGUAGUGGAAAAGGUUUUGAUCCCAAAAAAAAAAUUAUUUGGUAAGGCAGAGUAUAAGUAUGAGAAAAGGUUUGUUCAAAGAGACAGUAAGAAAGAUGAGUGGAAUAACUUAUUUGCAAGAGAUGGUUCUUUUGGUCGUGCUGAAGUUUUAUUGGAUCACACCUUUUUAAAUAGUGUCAAAUAUAAUAAAAGAAACUGUACAUUUGAUAUGAUGAAUGAGUGGACUAGAUUGAAUGAUAAAGAAAAUAUCGAAAAUGUUUUUAACAUUCCAAGAAAGCCAAAAUAUAAAGUAGCUGAUCUGAAAAUGGAAGUAUGUUACUUAGAUAGAGUGUCUAACAAAGAAGUAUUCCCAGUAUCAUUUGAUAAAUGUGAAAUGAUCAUUAAGAAAUACAAGGAACAACUACUGAUUUCCAAAGAAGGAUAUUUAAUGCAAGAAGGUGGAGAUGUAUGUAAUAAUUUGGUUAGAAGAUUUUUCAAAUUGCAAGGUACUGAUUUAAUUGGCUAUCACGAAGUUAGUAAUUUACCAGUGGUUACUAUCAAUAUGUUAAAGGUUAUUGACGUUGUUAGUUCUGAUGAUUUGAAAGAAGAAGAAGGAAAACAAAGAUCAGGUAAUAGUAAAAGAAACUUUACUGAUCAUGUUUUAUUUGGUGGGUGCAUUCAAUUGGUAUUUACCGAUGAAGAAGUUAUUAAUCUAUAUGCUGACACAUCAGCACAAGAAAAAAUUGAGUGGUAUUCUAAGUUAAAGAAAACAGUUGAUUUAAAUAUUUGCCAUCAACCAUGGGUUACUAAAUUAGCGGAAGCCCAAAAACUUGAAGAAUGUUAA